AGAAAAAAGAUGGUACUAGUAUCGCUAAAAAAAAAUUAGAAAAAAAUAAUUUUCCGGAUGAAUAUGCUAAUUGUUAUUAAAAAAAAACUCCAAAGUGUCGUUUAUUAUGUUUUUUUUUUAAAUCAUAAUAAUAUUGAUAAUAAUAAUAAAUUAUUAAAGACCCUAUACACAAUUGAAAAACAAUAAGUAUUUUAAUUUAAAAAUAAAUUGUUUAAAAUUAUUUGACUCAAAUUGAUUGGAUAUGUCAUUGAAGUAUGUAAAAUUUUUUACGUCAUGUUUACAAAAGAAAAAAAAUUAAGUGUCAUUAAAUACUGAGUUUAAAUGACAAUUAUAAUAUUUAAUGUUAAAUAAACAUUGAAUAAAAUGGAUACAACAAACCAGCUGGAUGAUCAAUCAGUUGAUUCAAAAUUUUUAUUGAAUCAAUUAAAUACAGCAAGAAAAGAAAUUAAUAAUCUUCGACAACAAAUUAAGAGUCUUCGUUAUAUUUUUGACAAGGAUGUCAGUGGAAUAAAGCGUUUAAUUGGAAUACAAUCAGAAGAAGAGAUUGAUGAAGCAUCACAAAAUAAUACAUCAAUACUAGAUCUAACAACAGCACCAACAGCAUCAUCAUCAUCGUCAUUAUCAAAUGUACAAAAUGGUACAGUAACACUUGAUCCAAUUGGUGUUAUUAAUACUGGUUUUCCAAGUAAAAGAGGAACACCAAGACAACCAGGAAUAUGUAAAGAAUCACGUGGAAAAAUAACAUUAUUUAAUAAAAUAUUUACAAAUCCAGAACAUGCAUUAACUGGUCUUGAAGAUUAUUCACAUAUGUGGAUAUUAUUUUAUUUUCAUAGAAAUGAUUCAACUCAUGUUAGAGCUAAAGUUGCACCACCACGUUUAAAUGGUAUUAGAACUGGUGUAUUUUCAACACGUUCACCACACAGACCAUGUCCAAUUGGUUUGAGUCUUGUUAAAAUAAUAAAUAUUGAAAGAAAUAUUAUAAUAUUUGAGGGUGUUGAUAUUGUUGAUGGUACACCUGUAUUUGAUAUUAAACCAUAUAUACCACAAUAUGAUAAUCCAUUACAUGUUGAAAAUAUAAUUAGAAAUGAUGAUGAUAAUAAUAAUACCGCUGAUAAUCAAGAUGAACAAAAUUUAAUGAUAAAUAAUGCUGUUGGUGGUGAUGGACCAAAUGGUUCAUGGCAAUUAAUACCAGAUGAUAUAUCAAGAGAUGAAGAAAUAGCACUUAGAUUACAAGCUGAAGAAUUUGAUCAAUUAUCAACAAUAAAUGAUAUUAAUAAUUUAAAUUUAAAUGACAAUACAGUGUCAUUAAAUAUUGACACAAUUGAUUCAUCAAGAUUAGAUAUAUCUGGUGAUGAAGAUUUAAUAAAUUCAAGACUUCUUGAUGGUGCUGAUGGACCAAAUAAUGUUUGGGGUACUGAUAUGGAUUUUAUAAGUCGUCGUUCAUUAAAUAUAAGACUUGAUAAUUCACCAGUUAGAAUGGGUGUACGUGAAGCACCAGAUGGUGAAGAAGGAAUGGAAUCACAAUCAUUAAGACCAUCACAAACAAUUGGUAAUAUACAAAAUAUAUCAUCAACAACCGCUACAACAACAACAUCAACACCAACAAUACAAUCACAAACAAAUAAUACAAUUAGUUUACAAAAUUUAAAUGAUAAUAAUAUUGAUGAUACAAAUCAAUUUCAAGUACGUAUACCUGAUUGGAUAACACAAUCACGUACAAGAUCAUUAUCUGUUGUAUUUAAUGAACGUGCAUUACAUCAAUUAAAUGAUAUUGUACAUGAUAAAAUUGAUGAACAAAAAAGUGCUAUUGAAAAUGUAUUACGUGAAGAUCCAAGAUCAGUUUAUUUACGUCAAAGAUGGGCUAAUCAAUUUUAUACAUUUUUAAUUCAUGAUUUACAUAUUAGUUGUAGAUUUGAUGACAACCGUGGUAUUGUUACGGUUUUUCAAAUUCGUCCAGCUGGAAGAAUUUGUGAAUGCGGUGAACCAGAAUGGCAAUGUCUAGGUCAUUCACCAAAUUCAUAAGUUUUUUUCUUUUUUCAUAUUCAUCAAAUAAUUGUUUAUUAUUUUUUUUUUAAAUCACAUUAAUUAGAUGAUAGAUUUUUUGUACAGGUUUUAAUAAUAAAUAACGUGAAUAAUUAAUUUUAAAAUAACAUCUUUUUUAUUUUUUUAUUCUACAAAAAUGAUAGUGGUAUUAUUAAAUCAAUUCAUUAGCUGAUUUGUUGUCUUUUUCUUUUAAAAAAUUCAUUUUACAUUAUCAAAAUACAUUUGAUUUUUUUAUUGAUGAAAAGAAAAAAAAAAAAAAAAUUGUAUUUAUGAAUUUGUUAAAUAAAUAUUCAACAAAUUAAAAAGAGAUACUGUGAA